AGUGGUUUUCCCUUCUAUUUUUAUCGUGGAUAAAUGGUGGAUUAUUACAAUUACAAAAUGUCAGGCAGCGAGGAUGAACACGAAUCGCAAGCGCAACCAGGGAUGACCAAGGCGGAAUUGCGUAGGAGCAACAAGCCAAUCAUGGAGAAGCGGAGGCGUGCUCGAAUAAAUCAGUGUCUGGACGAGCUGAAGAGCCUGAUACUCGAGGCGAUGAAAAAAGACCCGAAGAGGCAUUCGAAACUCGAGAAGGCCGAUAUCCUCGAGAUGACGGUGAAGCAUUUACAGGCGGUACAGCGUCAGCAAUUGAGCACGGCGAUCGCUACCGAUCCGGCGGUGCUAACGAAAUUCCGUUCCGGAUUUUCUGAAUGUGCUACCGAAGUAUCGCGGUACGUCAACCACCUCGAGAACGUGGACCCUGUUGUGAAGCAACGACUGGUAUCACAUCUAAACAAUUGCGUUAGCAAUCUCCAGCAAAUGGCGCCGUUCUACAGCCACUACGUGCCCUACAUGCCGGAACGGCUCUAUCCGGAGGUGAAGGUCGGUUUCCAGAGCGAUUUCCAGAAUGGCGACGAGAAUAAUAAUGGAAGUGCCAGGAUACAGAUACCAAACAGUGUUCAGUUGAUACCUAGCAGACUGCCGACCGGGGAGCUAGCCUUUUUGGUACCGCAGUCGGCUGCCAUUUCCGCAAAUUUUCCAUUCUUUCCUCCAGCCACCGAAAAUUCGAUCUCGAAAAUCGGACAGUCUUCCGCUUUCUCCGCUGUUCAUAGGCCGCAGAGUCCCCUGUUGAGCCCGUCGACGUCCACUUCGAGCUACGGCGAGGAAAGCCAUCAGUCCGAGCACUGUCCUAAGGCACACUCGCCUAAUCAUCAGGAACGUCGAUUCAAGGUACCUGGUCAGAGUGCAGCCUCAAAGAGUUUCUCUUCGUCGCCAGAGACUCAGAAACCGCAGAUCAGCUCGACCAGCAACAGCAAGUCGCCGGUGCCGAUCUUCGUAGAUCCGAAAUCGGACGCGAUCAAAAACGAAUCCGCGGAUUCUUCCGAAUCGUUGAACAGCAACGAAAUGGCCACGCAGAAUUUAAGACAACCACUUUCGGUGAUCACGGAAAAAACGUACAAUCGCACUGGUUCCGCCGCGAUACGGAAAGGAGCAGCUAUCAAGAGGCACAAUUCCGACGAUCUUUCAGUGAUCGCUGAUAAGAAAGCCAGGAACCAAGAACCUAUUAGCUCCACCACCAUGAAUUCUCCCAACGACCUUUUAAAGUCCAAAGAAGAUCAGCCGAUUAUCAUGGAGGAUCUGCCUAGCAGAGCAACCAGCUCGGCCAACAGAAAUAACACCAAUCCUAAUUCUAUCAAAAUUGCUGCAGCGGUGGCUGGUACUUCUGGCGCCAAUGGCGAUAUGUGGAGACCUUGGUGAUUCGGAAUAUUCGAGUUCUUUUUCCAAAUUGCUUUUUAUUCCCCUUCCUCUUUCCAAAUUUUUUUUUAAAAUCGAAUAUAUCGAUUUGUAUGAAGAAUCGAUCGUUACGAAUAAACAUUAUAUAAAUUUAAGAUGUAGUUUUUAGGUCACGCUUUGAAAUGAUCUUCGACGAUGUAUCAUGAUGAUAAUUUAAAUUGGAAAUUGUGCCUUAGGAGAGACAUAAUCGUUCAUUUUUUAAACAUCCUAACGAUACGACUGAAACUAGUUUUACUACGAUUACGAUGCAUGUAUUACGAUAAGGAGAUCGCGACUGUUGUGCCCGUUAUAUUAAUGUAGGUCUUUCAUGAGCAGUUAGAGUAACUUAGAGAAAUAGUAUUUAAGAAGAAACGCGACGAGAGAAUUAGUUGGCUGUAACGUCGAGUGAAUAGGAACACGCAACUCUGUAUCCUCGCAUAUGGAAAUUUUCAAGCUUUAACGCACCAUAUAUUGUACAAUAAGUUUCUCCCGCUGUGAAUAAUCGUGUAAAUAAUCGUCGAUCUUAUUUAAUUUGUACCGUAAUUUAAGGACUUUUAUAAGAGUGAAAUUUUUCCCCGGAAGAUGUAACAACAAAUCGAGUUGAUCAUCG